UUCUCCCGAUUCCCAUUGGGUGACAAAAUCAAAACAGCGAAGCUUUCGAAGUUCAUCCAUCAUGGAAUGGAGUUUCCUGUUUUUGACUUAUGUACUUGCAUUGGUGCGUGGUGAAACCGGUCAAUAUGCGUUAGAUAGAUCUUAUUUUAAUAAUGAGAACCUAAUGAUUCCCCAUGACAUUCUCGAGUGCUACAAAGACCGCGAUGUGUGGGACAGAUAUCAUCGUCUUCCCUCUAGUGUAGAUUCUUUGGUGUCUUUGAUUCGCAAAAUCGAGUUGGACCCCAGGUUGACAAACUGGAACCCCGGACAUUUAGCCGCCACAUUGAUUCACAAAUACCGAUUCGACGGGAUCCAAUAUGACCGGUGCAUCGAUACGAGCUUCACAGGAGCUGUUCCGUACAAAUUGGAUCUAGUCAAUUCGUUCUCGAAAAUGGCUUUGGUUCGAUUGCUCAUCAGCGGGAACAGAGAUGAUUUUCCAACGGAUGUUUUAACCAAAGAGGAGUCUUGUUCUCUUCAUUGGAUGCUAUCUUACUCGGUGAACACUACCUUUCGCGACGACGAGGUCUUUUGGAACGACAAUUACAACAACAAUGGGAAUGGUUAUUGGGGUUUUCGUCCUCCCUAUGGAAUGUCUCCCGGUGGAUGGAAUAACAACCCAGGAAAUUGUGAGGAGAGGAAACCAAUCAGCCGAUCCCCGUGGGAAAUGGGUGUCAUUUGGAGUCCUGCUGGUCCAGUGGCAGCCGGUACCAUGCUUUCUGGGUUGGCUGCCGGAUUGGAGCCCCAAUAUGUAGAUUGGUCCAACGGACAAGUGGACAACGCUUGGGCCGCGACAUUGGCUUCAGAUCUUGGGCAAACAAGCCUGCUGAAACGGAGGGACGGACAAUUCGUGGGUCCGGAUGGAUACUUCAACUCCACAUUAUGUCCCAGAGAAUUCUAUAUGCGCUUGGUUGGAACAGAUGCCAUGUACUCUCAUCUCACUGUGGCAGAAAUCAAUGGUGGCGUGGAUGGACUGAUUAUGGGCAAGUUUGCAGAUGAGUGGCAAGCCAAGUCCGAGUUCACUUUGUCUCAAAUUGUGGAUAGAUAUUAUUCAGUGGGAGGAAUGGUGUCUCAUGAUGUGAGCUACUCAUCUUGUGACCGGUAUGCAAACUAUCGCCGCUAUUUGGACGGGACCAAGUUGAAGGAGCAGGCUCUUAUUUUUGGCAUGGAACUCAAGCAUAUUUUGUUACUUGUGUCAAUGGAUGUGACUGCAAUUCGUGCAUCUAUAGAAUCGGCCAAACAUCAAUUGGAGUCCAAGAUGAAUGAACUGGACGCGAGUUUAGAUCAAUUUGGGGAAUGUGCAGAGAAACGAAAGCGAGAAAGAUCUUUUGAUUCAGGGAAAUUUAAUGUUCCUCCUAUCGAUGAAAAGUUCCCUUCAGCCGGAUAUGCCGAUGUAGCCAUGAUUCUAGACACCUCCAUCUAUUCCAUCGAGGAUGAGGUGUUUAUGAAGCAAGUUGCGGCAAGCUUGGCCAUCGAAUUGGACAUCUGGAACACCAGGGUAAGAGAUGACAACCAUGAAGACGUGAUCAUCCAAGCUGGAAGCCAUUUUGAACUCAGUGAAGGCAAGAGAGGGACUGUUCUCCUCAGUUCCGAAGAUUCUCAUAAUAAAGCUCAACUAGCAUGCGAUAUUCUGUCUACUCGUAUACCUCAAACUGGCGACAGCGAUCCUUUGAAGGCUUUAGAGGCCGCAGCGUCCAGAUUGAGCGCCCGAAGAAGGGAUCGUGACGAAGCCAAUGAUCUAUCAUACGGCAAGGCCCAGGUAAUAGUCAUGGUUCUAUUUACCCGAAUGUCCACCACGGAUGAGAGAGCGCUGCAUAACGCUAUUUAUGGACUGCGGCAAUCCUUUCCGGAUGUGAGGCUUCUUGUGGCCACACGAUGGGUUGAUGCCAACAGCUUCUCCAAAUACGUACUCUUCCCCGAAUAUGACGUGAUCACCUUGAGUUCCAUUAAUCAAGAGCAACGAGCGGAGGUCGACGGAAGACGCUUGGGACAGAGGAUAGCUCAACUGCCAGGACAGAUUCAGUAUUCCAAUUGUGAUCCUGAUGGGAACUCGUACGAUCCUGAGCGCCUGCACGAAGUCAUCUUGUAUGUUCUGCCCAAUACCCAACGCUACUUUCGCAUUCAUCCGCGAUACUUUCUCAAAUCGUACAAACUUCAAGUUAUCAUAGAGGUUGAGUUCAACUCGGCUGAGAUUUGUUGGAGCCGAGCAAGUCCGGAGGAGAUUACACUCAACGAGUUCUACGACGUGUUUGACAACGAUCUGUUUGAGUUGGAUGAGCAAUGCAACUCAAUCAAUGGAGGCAAUUCAGGCUCCAGGAGGUUGACUCUUAGUUGGGAUAAACCAUGUCAGGGUAAAAGCAUCACCCGAUGUCGGCCAAUCUUUAUGAAGAUUGUAGGCAAAGAUUCUGGCGGUCAGAAUUGCCUGACUGAUGACCAUUAUCCUUGUCGGAGCGCAGAUGCGGCGAAAGUGACUUUGAGACAUGAUGGCAUGACUUGUGGAACCCCAUCUGUAUUCCUAUGUUUGUGGUUAAUAGCAUUAGGUCUUCUAUUUAUUGUUAUCUUAAUGUAAUACAUCAUCGCAACUUAAA